AUGGCCGAGUUCCCGGUGACGAACGGCGUGACGACCUUCAUCGCGGCGCCGGCAGGCUACCGGGUCGACUUUGAGCACCCGCAGCAGCAAAAUGUGCUCGAACACUAUCUCGUGUUCGGGGUCCUGGGUCCUUUGGCCCUCCUGACCUUGGUCCAGCGGUUCUACACAAAGUUCUUCCUCUCUGACGGUCCCAAGAUCGACGAUUUUUUGAUACUCUUUGCUUGGAUUGCAUCCAUCGUCAUGCAAUCGGUGCAAACAUGGUCCGUAUCGAUCGGCGGGCUCGGUCACCACGCGUUCGAGAUGUCGAUACAGAUAUACGAGAAGCACAUGCUGAGCUCCUACAUCGUGGCGCCCGUCUUCAUCGCCUGCAAUGGUUUCACAAAGACGUCGCUGCUGACGGCAUACCUCAACAUCUCUCCCCAGAGGUGGUACCGACGGGCGAUACUGCUCGCCAUCGUCAUGGUGGCCGCCUACACCGUCGUCAUCGCCUCACUGCUCCUCUUCCACUGCCAGCCGAUCCGCACCAACUGGGACCCCUACAGCCCGGGGCAGUGCCUUAACUCGGCGGUCCUGUACAUGGCCAUCGCCGUCUCCAAUAUCGUGUCCGACGUCGUCCUCUUCGUGAUACCCAUACCCAUGGUCCUGCGUCUGCAGAUGCGGCCGGCGGUCAAGGUUGGGGCUGUGCUGAUGUUUGGCAUCGCGUCCAUAACCGUCACGACUUCUGUUGUUCGCUUGGUGUAUAUGCAGUCGCUGCUUUCGACAAAUGAUAUCCCGUGGGUCGCAGCGCCGGCGAACGUCUGGUCCUUCGUCGAGGUGAAUUUGUUCAUCAUCUGCGGCUCGAUGCCGACCUUGCGGAGGUUCUUCCGGGCUAUGGCGCCCAAGCUGAUGGGCUCCGAGGGCUCGAGGGCGAAGCAGAGCGCCCACGCGAGCGCGUCUCGGGCUCAGCGGAGUCACUACUCCCAGUUCGACGUCGAGAUGGAGAGCCUUUCGAGCGAGACGGCGGUUCUCGAGGAGGACAAGACGAGCGGGUUGAAGGAGAAUACGUAG